AUGCCCUCUCUUUUGUAUUCUUUUUUACUUUUCAAUUCCAUUCAUCUCUUAGCAGCCAGUGAUACCUUCGAUCCAGGCACCGGAGAAUCAUUCACAAGAAAUUUCAAGAAUGCCACUUUCGAUUAUGUUGUCGUCGGGGGAGGCACCGCAGGUCUUGCCGUUGCCAUGAGACUGGCUGAAGAUCCUUCUUACACUGUUGCGGUCGUUGAGGCAGGCGGCUUCUAUCAGAUCGAAAACGGUAACCAAAGUGUUGUUCCAGCUUAUAAUCCGGAAUUCGCAGCCCUUAACGAUCCAAAUGCAAAUCCGACAGUUGAUUGGGGAUUUGUUACAACACCUCAGGCGGGAGCAAAUAAUCGGUCACUUCAUUACGCUAGGGGGAAGACACUUGGUGGUUCCUCGGCAUUGAAUGCAAAUAUUGUAUGCAUUUCCACUACUACUUAUUCAGGAAUUUCCGAUUUGGAAGUUUCACCUUGGCAGUUCUUUGUGCCCUGUAGUUCUACUUUCCAAGCUCAAUAAAUGCUGACUUAAAUUCCAUAGUAUAACCGUGGGACUCGAGGUUCUUGCCAGCAAUGGGCAGGCCUCGUAGGCGAUGAUUCAUAUCAAUUUGAUAAUUGGCUACCAUUUUUCGCCAAGGGUACGAAUUACACAGCAGCAAACACCACUCUUAGGGCAGCAAAUGCGACAGUGCCUAUACCAUCCAACAUCUCUUCACAGUUUAAUGGAGGCCCAGUUCACGUUACACACCCCAACUACGCUCUACCAUUUACGAGCUGGGUUCAGAGAGCUUUCAGUUCCUUGGGUUUUAGGAAUGUCUCUGGUUUCAGUGGCGGGGAGCUUCUUGGUUCUCAAUACGCUCCUGCUGUGUUGAUGCCUGGUUCAAACCAGAGGGAAACAUCAGAGACUUCGUAUCUCCAACAGGCUUUCGCCAGUAAUCGCAAAAAUCUGGUAGUUUACCCUCAUACCUGGGGUUUGCAAAUCAUGUUUUCGAACAAUAAGACAGCAACUUCCGUCAAGGUCAAAUCAGGGGCAAAAGAAUACUUCUUAGCUGCAAGAAAGGAGAUUAUCUCUAGCGCUGGCGCAUUCCAAUCUCCUCAAUUGCUGAUGGUGUCGGGCGUAGGGCCUGCACAAACUCUCGCAGAGCAAAACAUUACUGUCAUCGCAGACCGCCCAGGAGUUGGGCAAAAUAUGUGGGAUCACAUCGACAUUGAAGUUACCUGGAAAGUUGGUGUUGAUGGAUUCAACACUCUUGCAAAUUUGACCUUUGCCGAGCAACAAAAACAACUUUUUCGUAGCAAUUUGAGCUCGAUGUAUGGAACUUAUGGAGCAGACUACAUCGGCUGGGAAAAGCUCCCUGAGCCAUACCGUUCCAAUCUUUCCAAUACAACAAUCACGGAGCUUGCAACGUAUCCCGCAGAUUGGCCAGAGAUCGAAUACGAAAUCGCUUCCGUGAGGAUGUCUGGUAUCGAGGGAGAUUACAAUGGCUAUGGAACCUUUAUUGUCAUUCCCGUCAGCCCAACAUCCCGGGGGACAGUCACUUUACAAUCAAACUCCAUGCUGGACCCCCCAGUCAUCAACCCAAAUUGGCUUACCUCGCAAACAGAUAAAGAGCUCGCCUUGCAGGCUGUAAAGAGAGGACGAGCGAUCAUUUCUUCUGCUGCUAUGCAACCGAUUCUCAUCGGCAACGAAACAGCUCCCGGACCACUUGUCGGCAUAGAUGAUGAUGCGGCGUUGAAUGAAUAUAUUCGCAACAACCUAUUCAUGAAUUGGCAUGCGGCAUGCACUUGUCGGAUGGGAAGAGCAAACGAUAGCACGGCGGUGGUGGACUCGAAAGGCAAAGUCAUUGGCGUAAAUGGGUUAAGAGUAAUGGAUGCUUCUGCUUUUGCUCUCUUGCCUCCUGGGCAUCCAGUUUCGACUGUUUAUGGAUUAGCGGAGAAGAUUAGUGCAGAUAUCAUAGCAUCCCGCUGA